AUGGCCUUGAAAUCACUGGCGGCACUUCCCGAGGCGACCAGGGGCACGAAGCUGCCGGCCGUCAAAGCUGGCAUUCUGAAAAGGCUGUUGAGCCAAGCACAGAAGGACCUGCCGAAGCCUGUGGAGGUUCAGCAGGUCCACACUCCGCCACCGAUGCCUCCGACCUCGAUGCCUCCCGACCUCGAUGCCUUCGGAGACGAAGAGCUGCAGAAGCUCCGCUGUGGCCUGCGCCGCCCUCCAACAGAGCUGCCUCCGCCCCAAGAUGGUGUGGAGACUCUAGGGGAUGAGCCCUGGUUCGCAGACCCCACCGUGCGCUUAGCCCUCCGCGAUGCCGUGGACGUGGCACAUGCAGAGUUCAAGAUCCUCGUUGGCGAUCCCGCAGAGGAGAUCGCCAGGAUCUGCCCCCGAGACGGCCGAAGCCUCCGCGCCGGGGCUGUACUUCGGCUGGGUGGUAGCCAUCUCGGUGGCUAUGGCGAUGCUGACGUUGCCUAUGCCUUUCGUCAGCUAUCUCGCGCACUUCACCCAGACAAGAAUCCAGACAAUGCCGAUGCAGGCGAUGCCUUCAAGCGGCUGAAAGAGGCACAGGAGGAGCUGAAAAUCAGCCUGGAGGACGCCCGGGCCCUCAUCCGGCGCCUGGCCGCGCCCUUCCGCUUUGCGUCCGUGGGCGAGGAGGAAAUGCGCCGCCCUCAGGCGGCGCUCUUCGCAGAGGCCACUCGCUUAGUGGCAUCCGUGCUGGCGCUCAGCACGGAAGGCGUCGUACCUGCAGCAACGCGACAACACGCGCAGGCAUCCCUUAGGCUCCUGCCCGGCGAGGGCGGCGGAUGGGCACUGCCAUCUGCAGGGGCCGAGCCCUUUGUCGAGGCAUGGCUCAGCAGCAGCGCCGACCUGCUUCAGAUGUUGGCCGAGCCGUCCAUACGCAGCGCCUACGACUGCGCCCCCAAGCGGUACCGGGCCCAGUUCCUGGUGCUCCUCGCCCGGUGCGCGCUUUUCGAAGCUGAGAAGACUGGUGGCUGCGUGCGCCAAGCUUGGGGAAAGAUUUGGGAGUCGUUCCCGGAGAUCCAGCUAUGGCAGCAGUUGAGGCAAAUGCUCGUGAAGAAAUGCCAAGUACAUGGGCGCCAGCCAAAGCGCGAUGCCUCUGGCGCCAUCAAGGAGAAGGAUUGGUCGACCUGGUCCAAGCGCUGGCGCAAGAUCAUCCGCGCUGUCCUGCCGAACGGUGAUGCAGAGGCCGCCCCCUGGUCCGACGCCGAGCUGCGGAAGCUGUGCGCUGCUUUGUGGCGCGAUUUUGCCGACCCACUUGAGAAAGGAGACGGAGCAGAGGCCGAAACUGCAAGGCGUUGCUUCGGCCUGUUCCGGACAGAGAGUCGCGGCGCAGCGGACGUCGCGGCUCAGCGCGGGGCCGCCCCGGCAGAGUGGGCGUUCGUGCCUGCAGCAGACUUGCUGCUGGUCGUAGGCGAAGGAGCCGUUGGUGUCACGGUGGCGGGCGUUUCUGCAGACGGGGACGGUAAACGGUUGCCGUUUGCCACGGCGAUCUUUCAGACAAUGAUGUGA